AUGCGAGCCUUUUUGAAGAGUUCGGAGGGGUGUUUUCAGCUGAAACGGCACACCACGACAAUAGGCAGGCACGAAGCAUCCGACAUCGUCCUGCAGUCCGCAGGUGUAGCUGAUCAUCACGCAGCCCUUGAAUUUGCUGCCUCGGACAACAGCUUCAUCCUACAGGACUUCAACUCCCCCCACGGCACCUUCGUCAAUGGCUGCCAGGUCCAAAACGCGGCCGUCAGAGUGAGUCCGGGGGAUAUCCUGCACUUUGGGGGAGCAUCCUUCGAGCUGGUGGUGGAUGGGGCUGCCCAGUGGCAGCAGCCCCCCAGCUCUCCCGGCAGCUGGGCUCCCGGAGCAGCCGGCCGCGUGCCCCAUCCGCCGCUGCGGAAGCGACCCGUGAGUGCCAGGGCUAGGAGCGUGGCCACCGCCGUCUCGCCGGACGCUUUCAGAGGGACCUCCGCGGGGAGGCCAGUCUCGACCGGCAUCUCGGGCGACGGUGCGAGGGCAGCCCCUUCCCCGGGGACUCACGACACGGAUUUCCUCCCGCAGGAGAAGGUGAUGCUGGGGGAAGGCGUGAGGAACGUCAUCCCCGUCCCACUCCUGGGCAGAGCGGGCAAAUCCUGCCAGACGGGUGAAAAGCUUCUAUGUCUGGAGAAGGAAAUCGGUCGCCUCUCUGGUUUGGAAACAGAAUCAAAGCAGAAAGACGCAGCCAUAAGAGAUCUGCAGGAUGAGAUUGCAGCGAUGGCAAAGACCCUGGCUCGGGCAGCGGCGAGGAAUGAGGUAGAGCUGACCCAGAAGCUGCUCACCUUUGACCGAGAGCUUGGAGCCAAAACGGAGGAGAUCAAAGCCUUGAGGGAACAGAUCAGCCACCUGCAGAAAGGCUCGAGCCAGGUUUUCAGCCAUUCCCUCUCCGAAAGAGACCUGGAGAUUGGAAGGCUGCGGAAAGAAAGCGAGAAGUUGAAGAGGGACCACGCUUUGGCUGCAGGUCUGGUGACCAGCCUGCAAAGGGAGGUGGCUGGCAAGGAGCAGAAAAUCCAGCAGCUCAAGGAAGAUGUUGACAAAAUGAAGAAGGAAAACAGAGAAAAGGACAAUCAGCUAGCAGUCGUUUCUGCCAAGCGCAUCAGGCAGCUGGAGCGUGACCUGGAGGGGCUGCAGGGGGAAGUCCAGAAGUACUGCGCUGAGCAGGAGAGCAUCCGAAAACAGCUGGCCGAGAAAGCCAAGGCUGAGGAGGAGCUGAAGGAAGGCUGUGCCAGGCGAGCUCUGCAGCUGCAGGAGAUGGGGCGCAGGGAAUGCCUGCUGAGAGCCGACGUGAGCCGGGCCAAGGAGCAGCUGGAGUCCUUCAAAACCCGAGUGAUGCGAGCCUGUUCUCCAGCAGCAGCAGCGGGCGUUGCAGGGAAAGCUGUAACGGAGCAGCAGGUGAUAGAGAAGGUCAGGCAGAUCUCCGAGGAGAACCAACAAAGUCGAGAGAGAGAGAAGUGUCUGCAGGAGGAAUUGAGCUCCAGGCUCUCGAAGGAAAAGGAGGUUUCUGCCAACAUCGAGGUGUUCAGGAAAUCCCUGGAGGAGCUCCAGGCUUGCCUGCGGAGCUCCUGCAGCAGCGACAGCCUGCGAGGGGAGCUGGGGAGGCUGGAGGCAGCGUGCCUGGACCCCUCCAUCUCAGCCAUAGCGGCAGCAGUGGUGGAAAUAGUGCACGUCCCCUUGUCCUGGCUGGAGGGCGCGGAGCGGCUCCUGGCCAGCGUGGGGAUGGACCCGCGCGCCUCCGGCAAAGUCAAAGUGGGUUUUGCCUUGGUGGCCUAUGGGAAACGCUUCUCGGCAGCGGUGCUGGCUGAGAUCCGAACCCCUUGUCUCGAGGCCCAAUUAGAGAGGGUCCAGGAGUCGCAGGCAGCGUUGCUGCGGGAGCACGUGAAGGAGCUGGAAGCGAAACACGAGCAAGACCUACAGAUAAAAAUCGAGCAAAUGAUAUUGGAAAAGGACGAGGAGAACAAAGAGGCUCUGGAGAGCGCUGUCGCCAAGGAGGAGGAGAAGUGCAAGCAAGCUGUGGCGGAAGAGCAGAAGAAGGUCCGAGACCUGGAGAGCCAGCUGAGAAGCAUGACCGAGGCAAUAGCAAGGAAGUCAAAGGAGCAGGAGGUUGCAGACUGCAAGCUGAGAGAAGCUGUGCACAAGCUGGAGGAAGCGGCGACGCGAGAGGUGGCAUUACAGCAGCGGGUGCUCACGGGAGAGGAACGGCUCAAGGCCAUUCAGGAGGAGAAUGAGCUUGAGAGGCAGAAACUGCAGGAAGCGAUAGUGGAAUAUAAAGAGCAAAGCAAGCAGCAUUCUCUGACAAUUGUGGCUUUAGAGGACAGGUUGCUGGAGGCCAAGCAGCAGCAGAAGACGCUGGAGGAGGAAAAUGCAGCGCUCGCGGAAAAAGUGGAAGGAUUUCGGGGUGAUGGCCGCAAGCCAGCAGCAGGAGCUUGGCUGGAGGUUUGUCCUGCCGCAGGGUCGCACAGUUGUCUGAGGGAACUGAGGGAGGAGCUGGCAGCGGCGCAGAGCACGCUUCUGUCCAAGGAGGCCGUCAUUGCCAGACUAACCAAAGAGCUAGCGGAAACCAGAGCCAGGAUGUCGGACAUGAGAGGAGAGCUGAGCGAGGAGCAGAAGGUGGAACUGGAGCGGAACGUGAGCCGGCUGGAAUGCCAAGAGCGGGAAGCGAACCUGCUGAGAGAGAAGCUCUCCCGGAUGUCAAGCCUGGUGGAGAAGAAGGAUCGAGCCCUGAAAGCAGCAGCUGAAGAGUUAAGGCAAGCCCGAGCCCAGUGCCAGGAGCUGAAGGAUGCCUGCAGAGAAACGGCGGAAAAGUCGGAGGAUGCUCCUGGGACGCCAGUGCAAGCGGGCGAAGCCUUCCAGAGGGAACCGGCGUGGGACUUGGCCGACCUCGGCGCGAAAUGCCGAGGCCUCAGGCACGAGGAAACGAUCCGGCGCCAAAAAGAAGGCUUGGCCGAGCUCCGGGAGAGAAUAAAGAUGCUGGAGAAGGGGCAGUCCUCAGGUGACAGGCAAACCUCUCUGAAGAACGUGCGGGGAAACUUGGCAAACCUCCAAGUGGCGGAGGUACGAAGGCACAGCACGUCGCAUGGAGGGCGGCGCAACUCGGUGGGGAUGUGUGUGCCUCCAGCUGCCACGAAGAAGGGUUCGGAGACGCUGGCGGUCCUGCUGAAAGACUUACCUGAGAAAAUAGUCCAGAAAACAGUUCUUGAGAAGGAACCUGCACCCGCGACGGGAACGAAAUGGAAGGCCAGCAAGAUUCCCGGCUGGGUUCCUAACGGGGGCUCGCAUGGGACCACUGAUGGGGUGGCGAGCUCAGAGAUGGCCGACACGACGGACCUCGGCGAGAAGAUGUACCUUGACGUAAUUGGUGCUCUGGGAAGCCUGAUGAAGGUGAAGGAGCUGUCAGGAAUGCAGUCUCUGAAGCACCUGCCUCAGGAGGAGAGGGAAAAAGCGGGACUGCAGAGGCGGAAGGACCUGGAGCUGCUGUACAAUCAGAUCAGGAACCUCAAGAGUCGCCUGGAGAGAAAAGAAGAGAUGCUGAAAGAUUACGAGGCCAGCAUGGAGCAGCUCAGGCUGAGCCAAGCAUCCCUGCGAAGGUGCCAGGAGGAGAUGUCCAAACUAGAAGACGAAGCCGCCAGGGAGGCAGAAGAGAAUGCUCUGCUGAAAGAGGCUCUGGAGAGGACGCAGCUCCAGCUGAACCAGGAGAAGAGGCGGCUGCGAGCGGCCAAACUGCGCAAGGUGAGCACAUGGGAGCGGGCGAGCAAAGUCCACGAGGACAGCUGGAGCCCCAGGAGCCAAAGGUCCUCAUGCCCCGAGCAUUCGAAGGCAGGUUGUGGUGGUCAGCAGGCACCUUGGAGGUCAGCAAGGCGCUUCGAGCUGCGUCUGCCCCGACGAUGUCGGAAGGCAGCGGGGAUGCACGGCACAGCCUGGACGCUCAGCUGUCAGUAA